AUGUCGAGAAAUCGUCCAAUGCAAAAUUUUGUCCAAGCAGUCCUAGUGUUCUGGGCCGUGAUCAAAAACCAUCCUGAUCAAGUUGUCGCAGUCAACCAGCCUAAGGACUUCUCGGAUAUGAUUCGACAACAGCUGGAGUCUGCUAGAAUAGCGAUUCCAGCAGGAAGGGAAAUUUUGAACAGCAAGCUAGGGUAUCCGGACUUUGAAAUAGCAACCGGAAAUUCAGAAGAAGAUCAGCUUACGGAUAAACGUCUGCGAGAAGGAUACUGCGAUCCAGCUGCAGGACUCUAUGCUGUUGGGACCUCCACUACUCCUUUGUCCGAAAGAAACGACGAACAUGGCAGUAUGGAAGAGAAGUUUGGAAGACACGACUUUGAAACAUUGCGUGAAAAGCUGAAGCUUCCAAAGCGAGAGUCCAACAAAAGACCUCGCCGUGUGCGGCAUAAAUGUUCCUUGUUUCCGGAGCCGGAACACUUGGGAGAAAACACACUGAUGAAUUGGUUGAAAAGCCUUGCAGCCUGUGAAGAACCUCUCAAAGACUUAGCUAAACAGGUACCGUACGUGAGCGGAAACAGCAGUUACAACCCUCGUGCGAAGGAGCUUUUGAAUCGAAUGACAGAGCUUCAAGUUCCUCUCCUGCGAGCAGUCUGGUUUGUGAAAGUGACGCUCCUGAAGCAAUACAUGGACGCCACUUCGCAAGUGCCAACCGAACAAGUAGACAGAAAUAUGGAGAGAAAAUUGACUGAUGCGUGGACUGAAACUAUGACCUCAUACAUGCAUGAUCACUUCUUAAAGUUUGCAAAGAGUCGCGGUGAAUGCGAAACUGGGAUCCAGGUUGAGAGCUUGGUUAAGAAGUGGGCAUAUGUUGUUCGUUUUGCUGACUGGUGCUACCAUGAAGGCAUACUCAACCGAAUCAUUUACAUGAAAUGGGUUAUUGAUGAGUUUCAAAAGUCUGUGAAAGAUCCUUUGACUGAAACUUCAUGGAGCGCUGAAUUGAUGCUACCUCUCAUUGUAAAUAUUUUCCCCGAAUUGUGCCGCCUAAGGACAGAAAUACCAGAGUUGAUCCGGGUCUGCGUGAAUCGUUACAUGCGGGAGUGUGUAUUCCUUCCAGGAACUCCAGGAUUUGCUGUGGCAUACCAGCAGGCUCAACAGGCUCAGCAACAGCAGCCAACACCUCAGGGGUCGCAAAAUCAGCAGCCUCAGACUACUCCGCAAACGGCCCAGCAGCUUCCACCAUCACAGCCCCCGCAGCAGAUGUAUGGUGCUCCCAUGCAAACUGGUUUGCCAGGACCAAGAGGUCAGAAUUUGCAGCAGCUGCCUCAGCAAUCGAUGAAUCAGCCUCAAAAUCUCAACCCCUCUCUCUUGCCUGGAGCUGCUGCGGCUGCGGCUGCUGCUGCUAAUGCGGCCUCCACCUAUGGCAUUCUGAUGGGGGGGAAUCCAAGCAACCUAUUAUCUGCAACAGAGUCGACUGCAAAGCUUUUGCUCAACUUGAAAAAGCUGGUGAAAUCGCUACUUCUGAUGAGCCCGGAAGCAUUCAUAUCCUUGCAUCCUGAAAUUCAGACCGCGUGGAGGUUGAUAGAAUCAGAUGCUAUCAAGUUCCCCAGAUCUGAUGGCAACCUGUUCGAUUUCAAUGGAUUAAAGUUGGCCUUGAGAAAGGAUCCCUUCACAUCAACCCCAACCUCAUGGUUAAGUGUUGCGAUGCCUUGGGUCGAGCAUGAAAGAAAGAUGAAGAGCCUGUGGGAUGACUUGGGUCCUGGGAAGGUCCUUGGAGAUCUCAUCGAUUCUCUCGACAAAUGCUGUGCCGGGCGAUCAGCUUGUGACAUGACGAGACUGCGCGAAACAUGGAUUAAACCAGCAAUGAACAGUACGUGGCAAGUUGUCUUUGAAGAGCACCGGAAAGCUAGAACGUUUGUCAAAAUUGUUUGCGGAUGGGCUGUCUCAAGGUAUCGAGAGCAUGUUCCUGAGGCUGUAUAUGUUGCAGCAAGCUUUCUGAAAGGCCUAGACCAAAACUUGUCAGAAUUUUUCAAAAUCGACAUCAAGGAUAAUGAUUCUCAGAGUGGUACUCAAAGCAACAGUCCAGAUGGUCAGAACGAGUCAGCAUCAUCACCGAUGCAGAUGGAUACAACAGAUGAGAACGAAUAUUCCUUGCAUGCCUACAUUGAGGAAUUCCUGGAAAGCUUCGAGCCUGAAUCUGGGUAUGAAGAGCCGGAAAUGGAUACUCUGGAGCGUUUGAUUGGAGAGUUGAUUCGAAACCGAGUAUUUGAUCACAACAUGUGGAUUUUCGGGUUGAUUGCAAGAGGGGCUUUCCAGAAAAACAACUCUAGUAGUCCUGAGAACAAGUUUCGAAAGCAUCACAGAUUGCUUGCGAACAUUCCCUCAUAUCCCGAAGCAAGGCAUGAUUCAUGUCAACGACGGAUCUUGUUGAGAAGCAUCGGUGUGAUGGACAUGGGUCCAUGCUCUUUGUUCUACGCCCUGAAGAUUGUCAGGUUCUUAUCAUGGUCAGCUUCUGACCUAGACCAGAAGAGAUUGAAAACAACGCCGGGAACGGAGAUCCUGGAAUCAUUCACGAACGCUGCAGCUGAGUUGAAAGCGAUCGGUCGUUUUGACCCUUCAAGGAUCAACGCAAUCGAAUGGGAAGAGUCAGUGAAUUUUGUCUGGCUGCAGCACGAACGACAUCAUGAUUACUCUGACGCAUUUACUGAUGGGAUAUUGUCAUCCCGUGGUCUUUCCAUACUGUUUUCAUCUCUCUACAAGAUCAUGCUGGAAGUUCCUCUCUAUGUCAGAGUUCAAUUGUGCAGGCACAUCGCGUCUGUCAUUCAGUACAUCGCCGACAGGACACGAAGUGUGGAGUUUGAGCUCAUCGAGCCCAGCGACAUUCCAGAGGAUCUCAAGUUGACAGAUGAAGUACUUUAUCGAGCGAUCACCUUGUUGGAGUGUGCGGGAGAUCUGAAAUGCCUGAUUGCUCUCCUCGAAUGGCUGAUUGAAAACUUCCCUUCAGCCCUUGCAGCGAUGACAAUGUUCAGUCACCUCCGGACGAUCAGAGCACUGGACAUCGCCUCUAGAGUCUUUGAUCUGUCGUUGACUGCCUUGCUGAAGACCGAGGCCUCAAAUAAACAGAAUGCUGCGAUGGGCAUCUCUGAACUGCUUUCUGCAAUGAUCCGACAUGGCAGUGAGUCAGACCUCAAGAGCUUCGAAGAGAAGAUGACUGCUAAAACGACCGGCUUAAAAUCGCCUCUGGGACCGAAGGCAAGUGCUGUCAGCCAGCUACUGCAAGACGCACUAGAAAACAAACCAACCAAACGUCCUGACGUACACGCAAACGUCGAUGAUGUUGAACUCAAAGAGUCUAUCAAGGCCGCAGAACAGCGACCGGAACUUUCUGACCUUGUUGGCAGAAUAUUUUCUGGAGGGCAUACGAUUCAGGAGGUCGCGGAGCAGAUCAAAAAGCAUGUUGCAGAAGCGAACAUCAGUCACAGUGUUCUCGUAGCAGCUAUCCUAAGGUGUGCUGUGAACGGCACUUUGAAAGAGAUUCGGAGCAACUACAGAUUCGGUUGCACCGGGUUUGCUCUUUCUUCCAUGCUAAGCCUUCUCGCUGCACUGGAACAUCACUAUGGGAAAAUGCACUUGGCGCGUAUUGCGUUGAACAUCGUGAUGGACCGGAUGUAUGAGACUGCGACGCCUCUAACUCCUGCCACUCCUGACAGUCUACCAAACCCUAAAUCUAGGGUAGGAGAUGACGCCGAUCUGACACUGAGACAAGAUGCUACCUUGGCAUUUGUAGGAGGCCUACUCGCCAAAGGUCUUCUGAUAUGGGAGGAUAUUGAGAAGCAGGUCAAAGCCAAGCUUGAAGAUGUUGUCAAUGGCAAACACCCUCACUUAGCCAGACUACUCCUCAACUUCGUGGAGAUGUUACUUACUGACAAACGGAAAGGGGCAGCGGCUAUGAUGAUCCGGAUAGACUGGCAGAAAUUGCGAGUUUUGAGGCAGACGCAGCCGACUUUAUCGGACGUAUACAUCAUGUUAAAGUAUCUUGUACAAAUUAUAGAUCAAAGAGACUGGAAGCAACCUGCUCUCACCUGCAUGCAGCAGGUCGUUCAUGACCCUGGCUUCUGUCGGAUCAUCUUAUGUGAUGAUCCGCGCUCUUUCCUCAAGGACUGCUGCAAAGCUUGUAUGUUAACACUCAGGACAGCACCAGACGUCAUCUCUCCAUUCCGCUACUUCACUUUCCUUCCGGGCAACGGAAGCAGAGAUGGACCUCUUGCUGCUGUUCAAGAUGUCAUUGCGCGUGUUGGCCGUUGGUCGCUCCAUUACGAUUGCAUAGAGUUGAGGAUCUUGGUCGACGCAUGGAAAGGAGGACUUGCCGACCUCACCGAGAACAUGCCUGAGCCGAACGGAUGGAAAGCUAUGGCGUCUCAUCCUGCAGUGGACCAGGAUAAGGUGAACAACUUCCAGUCACAGCUGUCUGACGACAAGUUGAACGAGCUGAACGAGGCGUUCUUGCGGAAUCAAGAUCAGAUCAUCGAGCAUCAUGUGGUUGAAAUGCUGCUGGCUCAGCUCUGGAGGUCUCCUCGGAAUGUAUCUCGUGUCCUGGACUUUGCCAAGGCUAUGGGACAGUCUUUCCAGGACCGAGAGCUCAUGGGAAGCGGGGGCUGGUUCGAGGAGAAGAUGGUGAGUAUCGUACUCGCCGUCAUGUCGUGCGAACCGAUCGCCAAGGCGAACAUGGGUAUCGAUAGCUUCUUCAGGGACUUCAUCCACCCGAGCUCCUUGAACGCUGACAGAGGGAGUAAGAUUGUGGAUGACAACGAGCAUACUGCCUCGUUCGAGCUGGCGCUGGUUCACGUCAUCGAGAGGUACGGCAUCCUGCUGCCCAACAUCCAGCAAGAUCGGGACGGAGCUUCGGUGCAGCUGUUGAGCCUGAGGAAAGAUUGUAUCUCCAAACUGAUCUCCUUGAUAAACACUCUGGUGGACCAGGCGAACUCUGGUGAAUUCCGCAACGAUUAUCCACUGGAGGCUCAGGGUGCUGAAAGUGCCUCGUCAUCCCAGCCCAACGUGGGGUCUUUGCAGCGAGCGUUGAUUUUGAGGCUUCAGAUGUUGAGUGCCAGCCUGGUGUACCUUCCAGACGAGGACCCGCAGAACAAGUCGCGAGAGACUCUCAAGUCCGUUAUCGACUGCAUCAAGUUCGUCUUCUCCUGCAAGACUCUCCUCGGAUAUGAGCUGGGCGAUGGCGUCUAUCGCACUGCCAUGCUCAUCCUCGACAGGGCGGGCUCAGGCAGGGACUCGCUUCUCACUCAGCGCGACAGCCGCGGCGUCGUCAAGACCAUGGGCCAGUGGUUCCGCAGCGAGGCGCAGAAGGAGCUCUUGAGGAUGAAGUUCCCCCGGCUCGUUGCUUCCAAUCUCAGCCUGGAGCUGCCGGUAGGAGGCGUCAGCCUGACCAACGGAGGGUUCGUCAGGCAGGCUCCUCACGAUUGGAACUACGCGGAAGAGACGGGAGUCUUUGGCACGGGCCUCUGCUCCUUCGACCAACUCUUCGAGCUGGACCCCUGGCUCCUCCUGGAAGACUUCCCUCAGGGGGUCCUUUCCCGCCACCUCCAGCAAGUCAAGCGCCGGCCCCGCAAGAGGCUAAGGUUCGAGUUCGCCAGCCCCGAGCAGAUCGCAGCCGAGAAGGCGCUGGCAGAGAAGGCGGCGCAAGAGAAAGAAAUGGCGGCGGCGGCAGCUGAAGAAGUUGUCGAAGAAGUUGGUUUUGACGUCGGUUUCGUCGAGCCGGGGACGAGCAUGUUGAGCGGGCCGAGCAACGACUGGCCGGGAGGAUGGGGAGGAGGAGGGGCGGUGACAGACAGCAUCUUUACAGACUUGGAUCUUGUCUAG